AUGGACCUUGCAUUUCUUACCCGGCUCAUAGGCCUGGCGCUUGUAGCAUUGCCAGUAGCUUAUGCUUAUCCAUCUUCCCUAUCAUCCUUCAUCUCUGCACCACUCUCACAACCACUCUCACAAGCGACCGUCACAAUUGCAGGUCAAGUCUUCAUAGUCGAUCCAGCAGAUAUCAUCCUGGACAGGACGACAAUAGAACCUGGCUCAGCUGGAAUUUCCAUUAAUGACCAAAUUGUGUCAGCUGACGCUGCUCAUGACCUCUUCGUGGAUGGCACCGAAAUACUUGCUGAUCCGACCGGCUCGAAUUCUGCCGAGAAUAUCGCUAACAACAAAACUGCCAAAUUCAGCAGUAAUGCAACGUUUUCCGGCAGUGUCCCGGCCAGCUCUGUCACAGCUGCUGCCGCCGGAUACGACAUCCUGGGAGGAGAAAUUGCUCAUAUAGCGGUACAAGUGGCAAGCACUCAUGCAACAUAUCGCGCAGGAGUUCCAAUCUCUACAUCCGUAUCUGCUUCGACGUCAAUGGCAGCAACACCUUCUGGCGGUUCAGCCCCUCUUGGACCUGUCGUGAUCCCCUCGGCUUCUUCCGCCAUGACCAAUUCCUCACUUUCGAAGGCCUCAACUGCUGGACUAGCUCCCAACGUCCAAGAGAAUGUAUCACAGACACAAUCUAGAAGUACAGGUUCGGAUUCUAUGUCUGCUUCGACGCCCAAGAUCAAUCUGAUCCCCACGGGUUCUUCCAUUCAUAGCAACAGUAGCUCUGGUUUGUACGUUGUCGCCGGAGCCUCGAAGAUAUCUUCAAGCGCGUCUUCUGAUCGACAGUCAAUGCAUACAACGGGAACACCAUCUCCGUCGGCCAUAUUAGUGCCUGGUGGGCAGCCCAAUACCAUAACGACUGGUCCGACCCUAGCAAUUCCCACCAUUUCCUUAAACCCAACUGGAUCCGUGGCUAGUUCACAAGUUAUGCUGCUGGUUGGAGCAAUCUUUAGCAUCACUGAGGAGGCGAAGACCCUCUCUGCUAUCAUCAAAGACAACGGACCCAAGGUAUCUUUGGUUUCGAAAAUCAAGGGGAUUGAUGAUAGGAUCCUCAAUGAGCUGGAGGACAUGCAUCCUCCUGGCCCUCCUCCGUCAAAUGCUGCAGGUCCCGACUUCUGCGCCGCGAAUAGCUGGAUCGCGAACGUGCAGAUCGACGAUGCCGUGACCAACGCGCCGCCAUAUCCCACGAAAGAUUUCAAGUUUGCCAUCCCGGCUGGGAUUCUUGAACCGGCGCCUUUGCCUUGCACGUGGCAGCCGAGUCCAGGGAACUCACAACCUGGCAGUAUGAGGUGCAAUCCGGGCGAGGAGAUUGUGCUAUGCACGAUUCCGGUAACGACGGCCAUUACGUGUAAGCAAGACAACCCAGAUAGGAUAGAGCCACUGGCGCAAUGUGUGUUCUGGCAAUGA